UAAAAUAAAUGUUUACAAUAAUUCGUUUAUUGCUUUUUAUAAUUUAUAUUUCCUCAACUUUAUCGUUUCCACCUAACGUGUCUGAUGAUGACGUGGAGUACGUUCCGCGUGUCGUGAAUGGUUAUCCGGCAAAACUAGGCGAUGUACCCUAUCAGGUUGCUUUCAAAUCAGUAGUUCAACGGCCCAGACUUUGUAAAACCUUUUGUGGAGGUGUCAUUAUGACACCAACGAAGUUGCUUUCUGCAGCUCAUUGUUUUGUGGAGAAGGGCAAUAUUUGUCAGAGACUAUUAUAUGGCACGGGAUCCUUAAGAUCAUUAAUGGACAAGUACGCCGUAGCAGGUAAUUUAAGAAAUACAGAUUUUCGCCCCCGUGCGGACUCGAAUAAUCAAGGACAAUGGAGAAAAUUAAAAAGAGUUGUUUACCCAAAAACCUAUAAAUUCCCCAAAGAUGAUAUUGCUGUAGUGUUCCUACGUUCUCCGUUUAUUUAUAACAGUUAUGUCAACUAUGUACCUAUUGCAAGGAAAUUAGUCGACUACCACGGAGAGUGUCUGGUGUCCGGAUUUGGACGCAUUUCUCAUAAGGCUUCAUCGGAUAAACUUCUAUUGGCGAAUUUAAAACUUAUGCCAAUGAAAGUGUGUAACAGAAGGCACCGACAGAAUAUGAGACGAUUCGUUUGCACCUCUAGUCAAGUGACGGAUGUUGGAAAGGGUGAUUCUGGUGGACCGUUGGUGUGUGCAAACACUGGUGAUCCGAAUGAACAGCCUGGGAAAGGAAUUCUUGUCGGUAUAGUGAGUGGACAUCGAUACGGAUCAGGCUCAUUCUUUACCCGAGUCUCAUCUUAUUACAAAUAUAUACAACUUAGCAAAUCAAAUAGAUUACACUCUAGAAUUAGCAUUGUUAUAAUAAUACAAACAAUAAUAUUGCUGUUUUGAUUUCGUUUUUUUUUUAUAUCAGUUUCAAAAAAAUACUAGAAUAUAAGUUAAGACAACAUAGGAGCUCAAUUUGGCGUGUGUCUGAUUAUC